GCGCGGAGCGGCCGCAGCGCUGCACAGCCCCGCGGGGGCCGCCGCGGAGGGAAACGCACCCCCCCACACAUCCCCAAAACCGGCGGAGGAGAGGCGUGAGGCCCCGCCGGCAUCAUGCCGCUGGUGAAGAGGAACAUCGAGCCCCGGCACCUGUGCCGGGGGGCUCUUCCUGAAGGGGUGACAAGUGAGCUGGAGUGUGUCACCAACAGCACGCUGGCUGCCAUCAUCAAACAGCUGGGCAGCCUCAGCAGGCACGCAGAGGACAUCUUUGGCGAGCUGUUCAAUGAAGCCAACAGUUUCUACAUGAGGAUGAACUCACUGCAGGAGAGGGUGGACCUGCUGGUCAUCAAGGUGACGCAGCUGGACUCAACUGUGGAGGAAGUUUCACUGCAGGACAUCAACAUGCGGAAAGCCUUCAAGAGCUCCACGGUGCAGAACCAGCAGGUUGUGUCUCGCAACUCCAUCCCCAACCCAGUGAUGGAGAUGUACCAGCGCUGCGACAAGCCCCCGCCGCUCAACAUCCUCACGCCCUACAGGGAUGACAAAAAGGAUGGCCUCAAGUUCUACACUGACCCCUCCUACUUCUUCAACUUAUGGAAGGAGAAAAUGUUGCAGGCAACAGAAGAUAAGAGAAAGGAGAAACGCAGGCAGAAGGAGCAGCGGCUGGUGGAGGACUCCACCCGGGAGGUGAAGAAAGUGAGGAAAGCCCGCAACCGGCGCCUGGAGUGGAACAUGAUGGCGUAUGAUAAAGAGUUCCGACCCGAUAACAGGUUCUCACCAUCCCCCUAUCACAUGGCAUCAUCGGAAGGAUCACUGUCCCCAGAUAAUAGAUCUUAUGCCUCGGACGCCGCCGACCACUCGUACCCGGCGAGCCCCAACCACCCCGCGCAGCUGCUGGCCCCGACGUCCCACCCGGCCCCAGCAGAGCACAAGGAGGGGGGUCUGGCAGCUGUGCCCCCCCAGGAGCACAUCUACCGCCCGGUGCCAGCGGUGGGCAGCCGCCAGAACAGCCUCAACCGCCUCCAGCAGCCCCACGUGCCCCAGCCCCCCGAGGCUGUUCUCAACGGGCCCAGACCCCACUUGGUCAAGGAUUACGGCCCCCAGCCGGUGCCGAUGGCAGAGUACUUCGUGCCGCCCGCCCCGCCGCCCCCGCCCCCCGUCAUCCCCUCGGCACAAACCGCCUUCGACAGCCCCAUCUCCGCUCCCCCCGCCCUGGCCCCCGCCUCGGCCGCCCCUCCGUCUUACGCCCCCUCUCCGCCCCCCGCCCCCCCCGGCCCCUACUCGGCUUCCCCUCCGCAGACCGGCCUGGCGGGACCCCCGGUGGCGCCGCCCCCCCCGCCGCCGGGUCCCCCCGCCAUCUCCGCCUCCCCGGCGCACUCGGCAUCGCCGCCCGCCCCCGCCGAGCCCCGCAAGCCGCAGAUGCCGCUGAUGCCCAUGAGCGAUGCCCGGAGCGACCUGCUGGCCGCGAUCCGCAGGGGAAUCCAACUCCGGAAAGUCCAGGAACAGUGGGAACAAGAGGCCAAAAAAGAGCCCGUGGGUAACGACGUGGCGACCAUCCUGUCCCGCCGGAUCGCGGUGGAAUACAGCGAGUCCGACGACGACUCCGAGCUGGACGAUAACGAGUGGUCGGACUGAGGGCCCCGGGGCCAGGCUGGCAUGGAGCUCCCCAGCUCCAUCCCAGGUGUGUACAGGCACCUUCCCCAACGUCGAUGCCACUAGGCACAGGUGGCCCCGCUCUCACAGGAGCUUUGCUUUUACACCAUGUUGAAAACCCUUUGAGCAGCAGCAGCACUGGUAGGAUACACCUUGGAGGCAGUGAGACCAGGCAUUAGCAGCACCUUCACAUUUAAUGGCUUCAAAAACGCUCUGGAGGCAGGUUACUAGGAGUACUCCAGGUUUACACCUGGGGCAAGACCAGAGGCUGACCCUGAGUGUGCUUUGCUAGAGAAAGAGAACCCAGAGAGUAGUGCGUUUCCAGCUAGAUGUUAAAUGUGUUGAUGAGAAGAUCCUGGAGAAAAAGCGUGGCUGAUGUCACCAUUGAUGGCCAGGUGGUAGGUUUGAGGAUGCUCUGCUGUUGGCACUUGUAGGCUCAGGCAGCUCCUGAUUACAUGCAUGGGCAGGGACCUCCUUCCCUGUGGAGUGACACACUGCAUUUUGAGGCAAGUUGCAUAGGGAUGGUCAUCAUUGUGCUGUCGUUCCUGUGUCAUGUGUGCUGUCCUCUGGGUAAAAGGGAAGCAGAGGUGUUCAGGGAGCUUCUCCAAGCCCAGCUCUCCUUGACCAUAGCACCACCUGCUCAGUGUUAUUUGGAAAAAAAAUUAGGCAAAAUGCUGCUUUUAGGGAAACACUGAACUUGCACUUUGCAGCCCCACAAACUGCACCCAUAGAAUUGACAUGAGCUUGGACCUGGGCAUUGAUGCCCUCCAGGUGCUGAUCCUGCCCUGUCCCUCACCCCACAGGAGAACCUGGAGAGCUGGGUCCCCACCACCAGUCUCAUCAGAGAAGACCAUGAUGAGUCAAAGGCUUUUCAGGCAGCCAGGAAGGGGGGAGGGCCUGAAAGGCAGAGCAACUGGGUGGGGAACACCAGAACCACCACAGUCAGGAGUAUGAGUCUGCAGAGAGCUGGGGAAGGUUCCCCACCAGCAGAAAAUGGGCCGAGACCAGCCAUGGGCUUGCCCAGUGUGGCAUCCCAGGGUCAUCUCUUCUGUUCUCAUAUACCACAAGUCCCUGAAUGGGGGGAAACUGAGUCAUAGAGUGGCUUGGAUUGAAAGGAACCUUAAAGAUCACCCAGUGCCAACCCUGCUGCAUGGGCAGGGACACCUCCCACCAGCCCAGGUUGCUCAGAGCCCCAUCCAACCUGCCCUUAAACACUUCCAGGGAUGGAGCAGCCACAGCUUCUCUGGGCAACCUGGGUCAGUGUCUCACCACCCUCACAGUAAGUCCCCACAUUGCAUCUCUUCUGGGGAGAAGCUGGGCUCUGAGCCACCUUUUCAGUUGCCACAUAUGCAAUGUCUAGGAAAGCAGUAUUUUGACUAUCUAGGAGUUGCCAGUGACACGGUGGGAGGGUAUUGCUGGAACCCAAAGCCUCAAAGGCUGAUGCUGAAAUUCACCCUGAAAAGGGCUCAUCUUUGGGUUUCUUGUGUAGCUGGUGGAGAAGUAACUUGUACAAUCAACAAGAGCUGCAGACACCUGUUUCUUUUCUGAUUGUGGUGCACCUUGCCCUACCCAGCUCUCACUUGGCAGCACCCCAAGGCAGGUGAGCACGUGGUAGCCCUGAAAGCCCCAGUCUCAUGGUACAGCCAAUUCUGCCAGCAGGCCAACAUCCUCAGUGCCUUUGCUGGAGGGACUUGGCCACAUUUGACAGCAAAUAUCUUCACUGAGAUGCAUUCAGCAUUUUGUUUGCCCAGGUGACCUACAAAAUCCCAUCCAUACAAGGGACACCAGCUCUGCAGUUGGGCUGGGUUGGACCAUACUCAUGACUGCUGCCUGGGUGUCCCACAUAGCACACACUCAGUAUUUGGUACAUCCAUGCCUUGCUCUGUAUCCUCUCCCAAAAGCAGGCCGUGCUGUGUUACACAACCUGCACUGCUCAAAGCCCCACGUGGCUGAGAGAAAAGCGAAUAUUUAAAUAUUUUUAUCUAGCUUGGCAGCCAUUAAAAAUACAAUCCAGGUCACAGAUGAUUGAAUUUCUCCUCUCUCAAGUGUACCCGAAGUGGGCCGAGGAGAUUCUCCUGCACAUCAAGGUGCCAGGUUCCACGUUAAAAUAAAUGUAACAGCAGCAUUUUGUUGCCAACAGAUAAUCACUGGGUGCCAAACAUUUAAUGAGCCCACUGAUCUCCUGAAGGUUCCUCUCUCCAUUUUAUCUGCAUUCUUUUACUUGCCAAUUUAUGGGCAUAGAUUAAAAACCAUAAAUGUGACUGCCAACAGGGGGAGGUCUGGUCUGUGUGCAUGCAAGGGACUUGUGCUGGAGGCAGCAGAAGAGUAAAUAAGCCAGUUUGGUCUGCUUAGAGAUCUUAACAGAAGGAUAUAGUCCCCGAGGUCCACCAGGUGCCUUUUAGACUUUUCUGAUUUAUCUGAAAAGGAACAUGAUGGGGCCACUGUGCCCAUGGUACACCUGUGAAGGCUACGUGAGGUGUGAAGUCUGGUCUUGCUCAAGUUUCAUGAAAGUUGGUGGAAGUCUAGCAGUGUCCACAUCCUGGCAUUGCACCCUAAGCGUCUCCUUGAUUAUGAGUGAGCAUUGGAGCUGGGACUUGAUGCUGGUGGCUUUUAGAGGAUUACAGUCCUGAAUGAGGAAGGGAUUGGGUAGCUUCUAACUAUCCACCCUGGACAGGGACAUAGGGAGGAGUGAGCAUCACACCCUACAAGAGCUCCUGCUUUUCUAGCUAUUUUGUCCUGGGAAUGUUUUCUUCUGGUUUUCUUCUGGUGACAAAGCCCCUCAGAUUUCCUCCCAGCCAUCCUUCCAUCUCUGUCUCCCUUUCAAGACCCAGGAGCCAGAAGAGCAGCUUUGCAGACUCCCUUGGGAGCAGAAGCUGAAUUAACACCUUGGCUUUCAUGGAGGUUAACUGGAAGUUUCACUUGGAGGGAGGCAGGUUACAGGACUGCAAGUGAUACUUUGGAAUGUGCUUUUGGAGGUGCACAGUUGGCAGGAGAACUACAUCAUCUCCUUGUGGAUGGGCCAUGGGAAACACUCCCCACUGUGGGGUGUUGGCAAGGGGAGCACAGGCUGUUCCUUUCACCAUGAUUCUGGUUUUCCUGUAGUAGUUGUUACUUUAGGGUAAGGUUUUCUCAGCUGGCAUGUCACUUCACCCAUUGAAGAAUCAAAAGUGAGGACAAGGACUCUGACCUGUGGAGUUUACAGUUUACAGCAAAGACCAUAAAACCUGCACUGCACUUUAGAAGCCUCAAAUCCUCACUCACCCGUGAAUUUACCUUCCACUGGGCAGCAGCACCUUGAGGACUUUUGUCCCUUCCUUAAGUGACCCCACAACCACAUUGCCCCCCCUUCAAAAGUGCCUGAGCAAAGUAGAGGAGCACCAAUACACACUGGGUUUGUCUCUGAGUGGGUCACCAUGCCCUUAGAAGGGUGCCCACUUGUCACACAGUGCAAUGCUCUUUGUUCCCAAAGGAGGACACCAUCCUGGUGUUGUCACCAGGCUGAGGCAGAGCCUGCAGCCAGGGACGGGCUCCCGCUGUGAGAAAAACCCUGCAAGACCUGGAUGGGACAUACUUGGCCAGUAUCCCCUGAAGGCAAUUUUGACAUGUCAUUAUCAAUACUAAAGUCUGUCUUACAGUGGUGUGGGGCCCUGAGGCCACAGACACCUCCAUAACAUUACGUGGUGAUAGGUCACCAAUGCUUUGCCCUCCCACGGGCAUCUCUCCCUCUUGAUACCUCCCCCCAGGUGGCACCUUCAGAGCAGCACCCAGAUUCCCUCUAGUCUUUUGCUCUUAGCAGGAACAGAUUCAAUCUGCUCUUGGCCAUCACUUUUGGGAGCUUAUGAAUUCCAAUGUGUGUGACAUGAGCCUUUCCCUGCAUACCUCUCCCAUGGUGGGAAUGCCAUGGGACUGAGUUGACCCUGAGGGACUUCCAUCCCAAUGGCAGCUCCAGCACUUAGCUGUGUACAAGUAUUAAGAGUGCACAGGGAAGGAAACAAAAUAGAAGAUAACCUGCCAUUUUAGGUGGGUUACGUGCCCACCACUCUACAAGCUCAUGCAGUGUGGCAAAACCAGCUGCAGACCAACAAAGGGCAAUGGGGAGAAGAAACCUGUCCUCCAUGUGUGUGUUGGACUGAAGGGCAAGUUGUGGGACUGAGCUAGGGCAGAAAGGAGUUGAGUCAGAUCUCAGGGAAAGCUUUGGCAAAGUGAGGAUGGAGAAACUCUGAAACAGGCACCAGAGGCUCCACUGUGGGAGAUCUUUGAGAAGCAAAGAGGAGCACUGCCCUGUGCUGGCCAAGCAAUAGGGGAGGUGUCCACAGAACACCUCUUCAAACCUGGUUUUGUAGGUCUGCCUCACACCCUCCUUCAGGGUUGCAGCAACACAACUUGUGCCUCCAUCCCAGCAGGUUACAGCCCCAAAACAUUGUCCAUCAGCCAGGACAAGCCAGUUUCUGUUCUCCCUUGCUUGUUGCUCCAUUUCUGGUUUUGGUGUUGACCUGAGGGUCAACACCAAUCUAAUAAAAAUAAGAACAUAUUGCAGGAUAAACAUCCAAGAAGGAAGGAUGUGAAGUCCCUGCAGAAAACCAGGUGAGGCAGGUACUACUGCUCUGUGUCAGUAGUUAGAAGGCAGCAGCUUCAGCAACCUGCUCCUCCAGACAAUUCAUGGUCCACAGACUGCAGCACAUAAACCGUGCUGGUUCAUUAAGGGGAACAAUUUUCAAGUUACCCUUCAGUUUGGGGGAGUUCAGUGGAGGAAUCUAAAAAACAAGCAUCAGCAUCAUCACCACCCCAAAACAAACAAGCAACUUACUUGUGAUUUCUAGAAGAAAAAUCUCUCUCUCUCCUCCCCCUGGACCUUUAAGGGAAGUCAGAGCCAGCACCACUUCCCAGCAAGCCACCAAACUGUCACCACAACCACUUUCAAAAAGCAGUUCCUAAGAAACCAGUGUUGAAGGACAGAACAAGCAGCACAUCAACCUCCAGUACAACAAGGAGAUGGGGCUCCUGCCCCUACGAGAGGUGCUUUUCUCCUUGAAGGCCCCACCCAAGCUCAAGUGUUUCAAAUCCUGCUGAUUUUCACCUGUCACUGGUGCAUGUGUGUCCCUGAUGCCUCAGCAGGGAAUACUUAUUGCACAGAAAGUCACUUCUUGCCAUGAAAAAAAAAAACAACCAUAAAAAUCUUGCACUAGAAAUGAGGUCAGUUUGGAGCUUGGUGGAUUUCCUGUGAAGCACUUUGAGGAGCUAUUGAUUUCCUGCUGGGAGCAGGUGCAGCUGGUCUCCAAAGCUCAUUCUGUUCCGAAUAUUGUCACCCCCCACACCCACCAAACUGACCUUUAUACUGAGGUGUUUCAGGUCUACCUUUAGUUCUGACCAGUUUUCCACAAACGGGGGCUCUCUCUGUGGUGCCUUUCAUCUCACAUCAGGGAAAAGAAAGGAAAUCCCCACAAAAAAAUGAGACGUUUUGUUCUCCAAAAUGCAUUUUAGGAGCAUCUUGGGGUGGGGACUCCUCAUCUGAGUAGACUUCCUUCAUUUUGUUCUUGACUUCCCUGGGGGAAUCUAAAACAGGAUAUUGCUGGUGUGAGUCUGGGUUGAUACUCAAGUGUUGCUGAUGCUUUCCCCCCCUCCAUUUUUGGCUGUGCCAGGGCUGGGUUCCAGUGUUGCCAUCAGGAGAGCAGUGGGGUGGCAGCUCCCUAACCACACAAGCAGUGAGCAGGAGCAGUUUUCUCCCCUUUUGGCACCAGCCAUUCAUAGAUAGAGCCUGGGCCUGGGGCUGGGGUUGGUCAUUAAAGACGUUUGCUCCAGCUCUGCAGUGGUGGCAUGGCGAGAACAAGGAGGUGCCAGCCUGGUGGCACCUUGUGGUUGACUUCCCAGGACAAGGAGGUGCCAGCCUGGUGGCACCUUGUGGUUAGCUUCCCAGGACAAGGAGGUGCCAGCCUGGUGGCACCUUGUGGUUAGCUUCCCAGGACAAGGAGGUGCCAGCCUGGUGGCACCUUGUGGUUAGCUUCCCAGGAUGCUCAGCCAUCAGUGGAGCUGCCCUGAUGCUCCUGUGAAAGGCUCAUUUUUUUAUUACUGGCAGAAGUGUUGCCCAUAUUUCCUUCAACGUGCCAUUUGACAGAAGCAGGGGGCAGGUGUCACUCUCAUGGGAGGGUCACCCAGGACAGGCCGUAACUGGAUUUCCAUUAUACUAGAGCUGACAUUAAAAAAGAGAAGAUGCUCCCUGUCCACCGGGGUCUUUUAGCCGUGUGCACUUAGUCACUAGGUGAGUAGAUGUUGCUGCUCCUCUCUCUCCACCGUCCCCAGUUGCUACGUGUGAACAAGUGUGUUUGUCCCCAGUGUCGUGGCUUCUGCCCGUCGUGACACGGUGACGGGGAGGCAGGGACCACGCUGGUCACAGCACCAGCUUCUUCUGUACAGAGUAGAGAGGACACCCAGAACCAUCCGAAGCACUGCUUGUAACUACAUUUGUUCCAAAAAAUGUCAUCUUAACCCCAAACUGUUGACACUUUAUGCAUGUGGUAAAUAAAAAUUUAAAAAUAAAUAAAGAAAAUGAAAAUAAUAAAAAUAAAGAUUUUAAGAGGUUAAA